AUGUUCCCACAAAUACACAGCAUUAUUAGCGGUUCUCAGCUAGAGCGUAUGUUGCAUCAGCUUCCAUUGCCGACCCCAAUGGAACGAUCAACUUCAAGGUGGAAACCAAGUCUUGAGGUAGCACCCAAUUGUCCUCGUUGUGCUUCCACCAACACCAAAUUCUGCUACUACAACAACUAUAGCUUGUCACAACCCAGAUAUUUCUGCAAAGGUUGCAGGCGUUACUGGACCAAAGGUGGCUCUCUCCGCAACGUUCCCGUCGGUGGUGGCUGCCGCAAAAACCGCCGCGGAAAGUCCUCGAGGCACCACCAAAGCGACAGCGUUUCCAUGAAUAGCUCUGUUUCUGAGGACAGAGAAUCAUCAAUUUGUAAUGGCCAAACCAAUGGUUCACGUGACAUAGACAUGGCUCUCGUGUUCGCCAAAUUCUUGAACCAAAAACCCAGUGAGGAACCCGAGAGUGAAGGUAGCAAUGGGUCAUCGUCUUCCAACAAUUACUUUAGAUUUGAAACUGAGAAUGAUACGGUAAUCCAAAAUAAACCUUUAUCUGAUCCCAUUAUGGACCCUGCAAUGCUAACAAUUGAGAAUUUUGGAGCUGAGGAAUUGAGUUUUAGUGGGAUUGAUGAGUUAGAGGGGUUUCUGGGUGGUGAUGAAAAUGUUCUGUGGGGUGAUGAUGCUACGGUUACCGUUUCCUCUUCCAUUACUUGGGAACCACCCGUUAUGCAAUUGCAGGAGUUGGAAUACUCCAUGCCGUUAAAUGAGGAUGGUCAAUUGUUACCCAUUAGUUCUUCAUCUGCAAUGAAUUCGAUUAGCAACGGUUGGAGUACUUGGAGUUCCUUUGAUAUUUCAACCAUGCAGCAAGUUUUCGAGUCAAGACCUUAA